AUGACAUACCUCAAAACCCUUCUCCUGGCUACAACGCUAUCUAUCGCUUCAAGGGCCGCCGACACCAGCUGCCCUGUAGGCUGGCUCCCAAACACCUUCCACACCACAAAAUGCUGCUCCGGCGGCAUGGUCAUCGACGAACAAGGCGCAUACUGUUGCGUCAACGACAUGAGGGCUUACAAAGAAAUGCUCACCAACACAGCACUGCUAUACGCUACCGAAACGACGACGGAGGAGACUAACUGGUCCACGGUGGACAACUCUUGCGUCGCGACGGUCCGGUUCACAGCCACCGACUACUCGGCCCAGGUCUCGUCGGCAUCGAGCAAAGCUGAGGCUACUCCCACUGAUUCAACGAGCAAGGUCACCUCCACCAGUACUACGACUUCUGGGACUAGCUCUGGUACCAGCUCGCAAACUUCGAGUUCGACUCCUACUCCCACUUCGAACGCGGCUAUGUCGCUUGCUACAGCUCAGGAGUUUGUGCUUGGUGGUGCGGCAUUUGUUGCUGCUCUUUUCAUGUUGUGA